GGGAGCGGUGCUGGGUUGUACCGGGUUGUACUGGGCUGUACUGGGCCAUACUGGGCCGUCUGGGGCGGGUCGGGGCGCGGAUCGCCGCCGUUAUGGAGCGGUUCGUGGAGGGGAACCGGGCGGCUCUGCAGGACCACGUCCGGCGUCACCAGGAGAUCCACGUGGUGAUGGGCAACGAGGCCUGUGACCUGGACUCCACCGUCUCUGCCCUGGCCCUGGCUUAUUUCCUGGCGAAGACCUCCCCGGCUCCCAGAGCCGCCUUCAUCCCGGUGCUGAACAUCCCUCGCGCCGACUUCGCCCUGCGGACGGAGACGACGUUCCUGCUGCGGGAGCAGGGCAUCCCUGCCACCUCCCUCAUCUUCCGGGAUGAGAUCGACCUGGGGGGGCUGCACCGCGCCGGGCUGCUCUCCCUGACACUGGUCGACCACCAUGUCCUGCCUGGUGCUGACGCAGCCCUGGAGGAGGCCGUGGUGGAGGUCCUGGACCACCGGCCACUCGAUCAGGACCGUGCUCCCCACUGCCAGGUGACAGUAGAGCUGGUGGGCUCCUGUGCCACGCUGGUGACCGAGCGCAUCGCCCAGGGCCCCCCGGGCGUGCUGGACAGACCCACAGCCGCGCUGCUGCACGGCACCAUCCUCCUGGACUGCGUCAACCUGAGCCCGGCUGCUGGCAAGGUGACACCCCGGGACGUGGCGUGUGUCUCGCUGCUGGAGGAGAGGUUCCCCGACCUGCCGGCCCGCGACGCCGUCUUCGAAGCCCUGCAAACGGCCAUGUUCGAUGUCUCAGGGCUGACGACAGAGCAGAUGCUGAGGAAGGACCUCAAAGUCCUCUCCAGCGAUGAGCUGCUCCUCGCCAUCAGCGCCAUCUACAUGGACCUGGAGACCUUCCUGCGCCGGCCCGACGUGCUGCAGGACCUGGAUGCUUUCUGCCAGGCUCGGGGCUACGCAGGGCUGGUGGCCAUGAGCAUCUCUUUCAGCGAGCGCCUGGAGCCCUCCCGGCAGCUCGCCGUCUACAGCCGGCACGAGACCCUGCGCAGCACCGUGUGCCAGGCGCUGGAGGAGGCAACAGCACCAGCCCUGCAGCUCCAGCCCCUGCCCAGCCCCUGGUCCUGCCUGGCCACCUACACCCAGGGCAACACUUGGGCAUCGAGGAAGAAGGUCCAGCCCAUCCUGCAGGCAGCCCUGGGGGGACCAAGCCCUGCCAGGGGGCUGGAGGAGGAGGUGGUCCCCCCGCCCACCCCCAUGAACAGCCUGGUGGAUGAAUGUCCGCUGGCACAGACCGUGCCCCCCCUCUGCCCCCAGGAUGUCCUGGAGCGGGUCAGUCGCAUCGCCGCCGGGCAGCCCCCCAGCUCCCCCAAAUGAGAGCGGGUGCCCAGCGGGUUCUGGGGGGGCUGGAGGAGGAGGUGGGGUCCCCAGGCAGGUCCCUGGGUGUGGAGGGGUCGCAGCCACCUUCGUUAGUGCUCACACUCCUCUGUUAAGAGCUCGGCUCCCUGCUGGGGAUGGGUCCUUGUACCCAUUUGUCCCCCGCCCUGAUGGCCCUACUGGGGUUCAGUCCCCCCGGGUGGGUUUUUGGGGACCCCACAGGCAGCAAAGCCAGAGCAGCACACGCACCCACUUAAUAAGGGUGCUUAGGGGAAAUUAACGAGUUCUUGACUUUCUUCCUUCCUUGGGGGGACUGUGGAGGGCCCCAGGUGGUGGGUCUGGACACACAGCCAGCCUGAGAUGAUCCCCACAUGCUCCCAGGAUUAAAUUUCCCUCUUUUCUUCCA